CCUAACCCUAUCAUCUAGAAGCCUCUUGCUCCCUAGAUAUCCCUCCCUCUCCACAUCAUCAUCGGAGAUCCAAUCACACUGCAGCAAGGAAACACUCAAACCCCUUCUUAACCUGAAAGCAACAGCACGCUGUAUAACAAUCAGGGGGGUUACUCUGUAAGGCGUUACGAAUAGCAAUGCGUUGCGAAAGUGAAUUGCGUUGCGAAGGGAAAUCGGUACUCUGUAACACUUUCGCAUUGUAAACAGUGUUGCACUGUUUUCACGUUGACAAAUUUCUAGUAUAGUUGACAUUACAGACCGAAACGAAGGAGAAUGAAAACAAAAUCAAUAACAGAAAAGUGAAGAAGUGUAGAAAAAUGACAGAGAAACAUAAAACUAAAUUUGAAGAGUUUUAUAAAUAUAUAUAAGUAAUUUUAAAUAAAAAAAAAAUGUGAAUAUGGAUUGCGUUGUGUUGUGGGAGGAAACGAACGAACGAAAUGAACGAGUGGAGCGGAAAAUGAUUAGAGACAAGUCCAAUGUGAUGAGUCUUAGUGAAAAAAGGCAAGUUUGAAUGAUAAAGUGUAAUGCAAUUUUUUAAACUUGUUUGUGCUUUUACUCGUAAAUAGUUUCGUGCAAAACUUUCGCCUAAGUAAGGAAUCAUUCAAAUAUGUGUUGGACAGCAUAAGUAGUGAGCUAAAAACUCCACGCAGGUCGACAGGAAUACCCGAAAUUGUGAAAUUAGCGGCCACUUUAAAAUUUUUGGCGCAGGGAGGGUAUCAAUAGCAAAUUGGACAAGAUCACCACACAGGACUAGCUCAACAAACUGUUUCCCGUUGUGUGUUUGAAGUUUGCAAAGCGAUUGAGAAAGUGCUGUGUCCAAAAGACAUAACUUUUACAAUGACUUCAGAGGAGAAAAAUGAAGCGAAACGAGCCUUUUACUCAGUGUCUGGAAUUCCAGGAGUAAUUGGAGUGGUGGAUGGUACUCACAUCCAAAUGAUACGACCGGCAGUAAAUGAACAUUUAUAUUUUAAUAGGAAAUUAAAACAUAGUAUAAACGCUAUGGUGAUAUGUGAUCAUAAGAUGAUGAUCAAAGCCGUUAACGGUCGAUUUGCUGGGGCGUGUCAUGAUUCACAUGUGUGGAAUUUGUCAAGCGAGCGCCCAUAUUUACAAACCAACUAUGUGAAUGGAGAAAUAGGAAUUCGCAUUCUAGGCGAUUCUGGUUAUCUGCUUGAGCCAUGGCUUUUAACUCCAUAUAGAAAUGCUGCUGAAAACUCUGCUGAAAGUUACUACAACUACAAAUUUUCAAAAGCCAGAUCCCUUAUCGAACGAGUAUUUGGAGUAUUAAAAGCGCGGUUCCGAUGCCUUUUAGCUGCUAGAGAACUGCAUUAUGCCCCAGAAAAAGUGGUGAAAAUUUUAAACGUAUGUUGUGCACUUCAUAAUAUUUGCACUCUUUUUAAUGUGGAAUCACCUGUAAAUAUAGCAGUAGAAGUUGAAGAAGUCGAUACUAGUUAUACUGAAACCAUAGGAAAUGCGAAUGAAACCAAUAUUGCUAAACGUUUAAGAGAUCAAAUAAAAAACAGUAUGAUUAGUUUAUAAACAUAUAACACUAUUCAAUAAAGUAAACUUUUUAAUUUUUCAUAUUUUCACAUUUAUUUGAUUAAAAUCCACAUUAAUGAUAUAAAGCUUUAGUCUCUUGUACAUGUGUAUAAAUACUAUAUC